GUGAGAGGGGGUUUGUGUGAGUGUGGGAGAGAAAAAGAGAGAGAGAAACAGUAGUGAUGAUCGACGCCAGACUGCCACCACUCUGUAGCAGUGAGUGGCUGCAACAAAAAGCACAGAAUAACAUCCCUGACUCCCUGCUCUGCUUUUUUCUCUCUCCCUGCGUCUCAGCUAGCAGACGAGGGCUCCGCUCACAGCUCUGCAGAGGCUAUGCUGAGACUGAGCCGGCUUCGGAAGCAGGAUCUCUGGCUGCCAUCAACAAGUUAGGGUUGGAAAACCACAGCCAUGAAAGAGGAAAGCUUGAUCUUCAAUUAACCAUCUGAGCUGACAUCAUUGCGGUGGAAGGGAAACAAAAGGGUAAAAAAAAGAAAAAGAAAAAAAGGAAAGGAGGGGGGGGGUCUGUUCACCGGAGUCGCUCUGGAUGCAACUGAUCAACUUAAAAAAAAUAUAUAUAAAUAUUUAUUUCAAGGAUUCGUGGGAUGACGAAAAAGAUUCACCUUUUCUUUGAGCUUGGAUUUUAAAAAGGACUCUAAGCAAAAUAACAGGAAUAACCAUCAUCUUGGGACAUGGAAUUUCAUAUUUUGUUUCAAUUGGGUGGGUUCAGAAUUGCUUUAUUUCCAAAGAGGCUGAUUCCUUUUGUGCUUACUCAAAAGGGUUUUUUCCCUUUGGAUUUUUCUUCCAUCUGGUUGCUUCAAGAGUCUGCGGAAAAGGACAGUUGAAUGCAGCCUCCGAUGUGCACAAAAGAAUGGGUUUCCAUUCAAGGUGGCCAUUGGUGGGACCUGCACCAGCGGCUCUGUGUCUGUGUGUGAUCAGCAUGCUCCUAGUGUGCCUGCUGCCUCCUGCAUCGUGCACAACCUGCCCUCAAAAAUGUCGCUGUGAGGACCUGCAGUUCUACUGCGACACCCAGGGGCUUCAGGCACCCCCAGAUGGUGUGGAGAAGGGGGCCCUGGGGUUGUCACUACGCCACAAUAGCAUCACUGAGCUCAGCCCUGAUCAAUUUUAUGGCUUCAGCCAGCUCACCUGGCUACAUCUAGACCACAACCAGAUUACAACCGUACAAGAGGACGCCUUUCAAGGGCUCUACAAGCUGAAGGACCUCAAUCUGAGCUCCAAUCGUAUCACCAAGUUGCCCAACACAACCUUCAUCCACCUCAUCAAUCUCCAGAUACUGGACCUGUCCUUCAAUCAGAUGACUGCAUUGGAACCAGAACUGUUUCAUGGACUGAGGAAGCUCCAGAUACUCCACCUCCGCUCCAAUUUACUUCGCACCACACCUGUUCGCGCAUUCUGGGACUGCCGCAGCCUGGAAUAUCUGGGCCUAAGCAGCAAUCGUUUACGGAGUCUGGCCCGGAAUGGAUUUGCUGGGCUCAUUAAGCUUAAAGAGCUCCACUUGGAGCACAAUCAGCUGACCAAGAUCAACUUGGCCCAUUUCCCUCGCCUUGUUGCCCUCCAGUUUCUUUACUUGCAGUGGAAUAAAAUCAGCAACCUAACAUGUGGCAUGGAGUGGACCUGGACCACUUUAGAGAAACUGGACCUCACAGGAAAUGAAAUUCGUGUCCUGACAUCUGAUGUGUUUCAAACGCUGCCAAAUUUAAAGAUUUUGCUGCUGGAUAACAACAAACUAAGCAGUCUGGAUCCCCAAGUCAUGGAUAUGUGGCAGUCUCUGGGUACCAUUGGGCUGUCUAGCAACUUUUGGGAAUGUACCAAAAGGAUUUGCUCUCUGGCCACUUGGCUGAGCACCUUUAAGGGAAGGUGGGAACAUUCCAUUCUCUGCCAUAGUCCUGAAUAUGCCCAAGGCGAGGAGAUACUUGAUGCUGUUUAUGGAUUCCAGCUUUGCCAGAAUUUUUCAGCGCCGGUUGUUCAGACCAUUAGUACUACCACAGACGCUACUAUAGCUGCAGAGAUCACAAGCUCCUUGUUUGGAAUUAUGCAGCCGACCCCCACGCAGGACUACGCAGAGGAUUUUGUGAGCUUUACCACAGUCACUACCACAACAACUACAACAACACCACCACGCACUGCUCAAGCAACUACUGCUACAUUGGAAGAGGCAGCUGCAACAGAGGACUCCUCUGCAAUGGACAACACUGUUAUGACUCAUAGGGUUAUCAUUGGAACUAUGGCCCUUCUAUUUUCAUUCUUUUUCAUCAUUUUCGUUGUGUAUAUCUCACGGAAGUGCUGCCCUCCCACCCUGCGCCGGAUACGCCAUUGUUCGGCUAUUCAGAACCGCAGACAGAUGAGGACCCAGCAGCGGCAGCCUAUGGCAGAUCUAGCUACACAGGUACCCUAUAAUGAGUAUGAGCCCAGCCAUGAAGAAGGGGCACUCGUGAUCAUAAACGGCUAUGGGCAGUGCAAGUGUCAGCAACUGCCUUACAAAGAGUGUGAAGUAUGAACUCUUAUUUAUUCCUAGAGCAUAUGGUUUGCCAUUUGACCAUUUCAGAUGAUACAGGGUUUGCUUUUUUUAAUUUUAAUUUUCCAGUUUAUGUAAAAAGCAUAAUUUCUACAAGUAAGAUUAGAGAAUAUGUGAGAAAUGUUGAAUGCUACAAUGACACAGGUUGGACAUGACAGUCUAGGGAUGAUGUAGAGAUAGUCACAAAUUUAUUUUUCUAUGAAUGCAAGGUUGUUCAUAUCAGGCAGGGGCAAUCAUUUUAAACAAGAAAAUUGUAAACUGUGAGAUUUGUCUCCACAUUGUCUCUAUAUUCUGCAGCACAGAGAAAAUACUUAGCCAAAUGGCCCUCUGCUAACAGAAUACAUUAAGUGGAGAAAUGUGAUUUAUGUCUUAUUUCUUUUAAAAAGUAAAUAUUUAAGAUCAUGUUUUUAAUUGCACCACAGACAAUUUACUGUAAGCCACUCACUCAAUUACUAGGGCAAAUUAAUUGGAUACAUUUUCUAAGUUUUGUUUUAUAGUUUUAAAAUAACGGUUAUACAUUAAAGGCCACACAAUUAUAACUAAAAAGAUUUGUCAUUAUGCUAAAAAUAAAAAAAUUAAUUCUCUUAAGGAGAGAAGAACCCUGAAAUGCUAUUUGGUAUAAAUAAAUGUUAUUAUAUUUACCAAAUCAGACAUGAGUCAAUUAGGCAAGGCUAUAAUCUUCCAUCAGAUCAAAGGCCUCACAGCAUUUCCUGUUUACAAAGUUUAUGUGGGCAGCCCACCCCCAAAGAAAUGGCUGCCUUUAGCCAAAAAGGGAUUAUUUUGUUUAUAUUUGGUUUUCUUCCAAAUUUUAUUCUGUGUGGAAAUGCAACUACAAGUGUGUACUGUUUGAAAAGACUGCCGAAAUUGUGCAUUUACAUUCAAUUACGUAUACUGGGAAAAUGGCCUCUUUGAUCGGGCUUUAGCUCGUAAAUGCAAUGCUGUUUUGCAGCUUGUUGGAUGUUGGAGCUCCCGCCCACAAGGGCCAACCACCCAAAAUAAAUUCUCAACCUGUGGGAAACACUAAGCAUUGUUCAUCUGUGGUUAAUCUUUAAUAUACUACACUGCUUAGCAAAAACACAUGGAUGAUCUUGGAAAUCAAGAACGAAAUGAUUAGACCUUUAAAUGUUUAAUGAUCUGUACAUGGAUUCUUUAGCCCUCAAAUACCAUAUACACUGUGACCAUAAUAUUUUCAACAUCUUAAUCUAGUAAGUACAGUUCGCUGAUUUGCUAUAAUAUAGUAGGAUCAAUAUAUAGACAAGCUAGUGUGAGGUGUGAGGGUAGCAAGUAAAAGUGACCAGCGCAAAUGCCAGAUAGGAGAGCAUUUCAUUCUGAAAAUAAAACCUUUCCCCAGUCGCCCAGGCUCUUUAGUGCUUACACACUAAUCAGGACUGACAGGCUCAAGAUUGAACCAAUUAAGGCAAGGCAAAAAUAAUCUAAUAUUCUGUCACCCACACCAAUGAUCCAGCAACAUUUAGCUUGUUCGGCCAAUAAAAAACAGUUCUAGUAGAAUCAUCAUUGGACCUUUUACUUUAAGACAUUGUUCUUGUAAAGGGAUACGUGUUGUCAUUUACAGUAUUAAAAAUGUGAUUACCGUGAAUAACGCAUAUUAUAACAGUUCCUUGGUUAGCAGUCACAAGUGUCAAGAUAAACUGCAGUCAAUAGCCUGAAAGCAAAUGGCGAUCCAGUGAUAAGCAAACAGCAAGCCUGGGUCAGGACACAUUUGUAUGCAGCAGGGAGAGGAUGUGCAUUAGCAUCAGACUAAAGCUGCUGCCGCAGCUCCGCACUUCUUUGUGUUCAGUUUGGUGAUGGGGGCAGGGUGAAAGAGAGACGGAUUUAAAGCAAGUGAUAGGAAGAUGGAGAGGAGCAAAGAAAGGGUCAGGAGUCAGGAGGUGCCAUUUGUGGCUUCGUCUCUUUAUUGAGGAUGUCAAAAUCUGGCUUCAGUCUUUUAAAUUAAUGCUUGUGUUAAUGUGUUAAUGUCUCUGCACACAUGGUCAUUGGGUGCCUACAACAACUUCUAAGAAAGUGUUUGUGUAAACCAAAACUUGUUACACUUCACAUUUGAAUUCAAAGAAAAACAUUGCAUACACUGAUCAUACCGAUUUCCAAAGUCAAGCACCUCCACUUUCUUUCUAAUUUUGUUUUCUUCCAGCUUCGCACUGCUUUUGCUACUGCCCUUCUAAUCGGUCUUGCAUGUUCAAAAGUCAAUUAAGUUGAAUAUUUCUUAUCUUAUGUCAUUCAGCAAACAUUAUGGUGAGACCUCAUUCUUGGUAACACCAAGAAUUGGGACGUAUGUGGAAGUUCUAUAAAGUUCAUUUCACUGUUUAAGACUACGGUUGUACUAAGUGAUUGAAAAUCCACAAAAUUUGUAGAAAUAUGCAUCCUUUGCACUCUGGCUCUUUGUAAACUGUUUUUGUUUCCUCUUGUCAACCUCUAGCUCUGGUCCCCACCCUGCCUAAAAAUAAAUAAAAAAAAAACAAGUGAACCAA